ACAGCACGUGGGCGCACCAUUGGGCCGUAUAUAUAUUAUAUAGAACGGUGUGGAAAUGGCGGAGGUGGUUCACAGAAAUCUAGAGCUGAUGCUCCCCGAGCUGGAGGAGCUGGAACGCUCCGGGAUAUUCUCCCCGCAGGAAAUAAAGGAGAUAGUGCGACGGCGCCGAGGCAUGGAGUACAAGCUCCAGAGGCGGCCCGUGAGAAGAGAAGACUUCCUAAGAGCAAUAACUUAUGAGUUGAACUUGGAUAGACUGCGGAAGGUGAGAAAGAAGAGGCUUGGAGUGACCUCGGCAAGGAGAGACGCAGACUACGGUAUCCAGGACAGAGUACACUCACUCUUCAAGAGAGCUGUGAAAAGAUUCAAGGCUGACGUGAGACUGUGGCUGCAGUACAUUGACUUCUGCCGGAAGAGCCGUCAUCAUGUGACCCUAGGGAAAAUCCUGGCCAGAGCUAUUGCACUGCAUCCUAACAAACCAGGCAAAAUAUUAAUAUCCACUCUCACACCUCCAUUGCAAUUGCAUACCGUAACAUAACAUUAUUCAUAGUAACCACAACUACUGCUCUCAAUUCUGCCUAUAUAAGCUUUAGCACUCCACUGCGGCAUCUCAGUUCUAAAUUUGUCACAAUUUUUGGAGGCCUGUCUGUUCCGGUCCAGGAGUUACUCUCCUUGGCUCUGCCUUGGAGUAGGGUUGCCUGGGCUGUCAGGCCGCUUUUUUAAAAGAACAAUGUUAAUGUCAAAUGCAAAAACCAUCCUGACAGCCCAGGUUGACCAUGGAGCAUGGCUGCAGAGACAGGCCCUCAAAAUAUUUGUAAUCUAUUGGGGAGUGUCUGAGCAUAAGUGGGGUAAAAAUGAGAUGGCUUUUAUAGCCGGUUCUGAGAUCGAUACUUGUGGUUGACAACGGCAACUCUUGUUGAAUGCUUAGCAUUUUGGCAAGCGAUUCUAAGCUCUUUAUACGUAAACUUCUCCCUCGAACUACCAGUUUGUAAAUGUUGUGUCAGGUCUGUGGGUGAUGGCAGGGAAGUUCCAGUUUGAGGACCAGAAUGACCCAUCCUCGGGCCGUUCCACCAUGCAGCAGGGUCUCCGUUCCAAUCCUUCCUCCACCCACCUCUGGCUUGAGUACUUUCGGAUGGAGCUGAUGCACGUGGACAAGAUGAAAAAGCGGCGGCUAAUGCUGGGUCUGGAGAAAUCUGAAGAUGAAGAAUUAGAGAAACUCGGAGCAGAGUUCUUCUCGUACGAGAUCCCGUCCAUUGUGUUCCAGCAGGCCGUGAAGGCGGUUCCAAACAACGUCCAGUUUCUAGUUUCGUUCAUCGACAUCUACCGUCUGUUUGAGCGAUCUGAGCAGAGACAAGAGGAGGUCUACUCCUGUCUGAGGAGAGAUUACUCUCAUCUUGCUGACUGCUGGGAAGCUCUGGCACGCAGACACUGGACUAACAUAGACACCACCACUCUCACAGGAACAGAGGUAUCCAGUAUUGAGGAGGUGGUAGAGGGAUGCUAUAGAGAGGGUCUGGGGGUAACGGUCCAGCCAUCGUCUCUGUGGAGACACUAUCUCAAGUGGUGCCGUGAGGUCACGGAGAAUGAAGGAACUGACUCCACUCAACUUCGAGCCAUAAAGAGGCUCCUGAAUGGCUACCAGAACUGUACCAAGUCACAGCACAUGUCUGUGGACAUGAUUGAAGAGCAGGUGCAGGUAUUGAGAAGUAUGGGACUGAAGGAGGAGGCCCACAGAGCCCUAGUCACUGGAACACAGACCUACCCUGACUCUCACACUCUCUGGCUACUGAGGUUGAGGAACGAGAGGAGUGGAGGGAGGGAGGAGGGGGGAGAGGGGGAGGAGAGAGAAUGUGCUUCACUCAUCCAACUGUGUUCGGAAGCCACCAAGGCCGUACCAGCAGAGAAUUCUCUGUCUUUAUGGCAGUUUUGGUUGGAGGUGCUCAUAUCCAGUGAUACCCCUGAUUCAGAAGUGGAUGCCACUUUUCAGAGGGCCAUCGCGGAGACACCACAGCCAGCUGACCAAACAGCGCUAUCUCGUCAGUACAUUGAUUGGGCAUUGUCAGUGGGUGGGAGUCAAAUCUGCUAGAAAGACCUACAAAAUGUUUUUGGAGAAAGCAACUGUGCCUUAUCCGAUCUACUGCAAAUGUAUUGAAAUUGAGAAGUCGAUGGAGAAGCAAAGUAUGAAGAGGUUGAGGGAUCUUUACGACAAGGUCACCAAUGAGUGGGGAGCUGACCACCCAGAUCUCUGGCUGGACUACAUCACCAGUGAGACAGGCCUGAAGGGAGGGGACCCCACCAGAGUUGGCAGCCUCCACUGGAAGGCCAUGAAGACACUGAAUGGAGCCCAUACUGCUGACUUUGUCUCCAAGUACUCUCUACUUCACCUCAACUCUUAGCCUCCAUGUACAGUAUACUCUCUACUUAUCACCUCAACUCUUAACCUCCAUGUGUAUACAGUAUAGCAUUAUGCCCACACAUUUGAGAUUUUUAUAAUACUCUCUACUUCGUCUCAACUCUUAGCCUCCAUACUCUUUACUUCGCCUCAGUUGUUGGACGCUAGCCUUGUUUGUGUGUCCGUGUUUGUCGUGA